ACUGAAUGGAACUGAAGGGAACAGGAAGUGGGAUUGCUUCCACUUUAAAUGGGAGCUUGGACCGGCCCUGGGGGUCCAUGCAGUCAAUGGGACCCAUGGAGCCGCCUGUGCCUGCUGGUACUAGGGGGUUGAAGAAAGAAGCCCCCAAGUACUGCUGGCUGCCACUGUGCCCGCUUGCUGUUGCCCCGCCUGUGGAAGGACAAGUCCCUCUGUACAGCACAGCAGCAGCCAGCAAGGCCAGACCAGUGAGACCACACCUCCUUACCUCAGUCCCAUCCCGUCGAUAUUUUUCUGGAGCUCUGCGCCAAGACCCACGCCCGACCCGAUUGCACGAGCCUCACAACAUCAAACUUGAAGUCUCCCAUCCACCCACCACCCAUCUCUCCCGCUUUGCGCCCUUGUUCCUGAAGCUCCGCCGUUGCUUGGUCUCUACUAUUCCGAGCUUUAAUUCCUCUCCAUCAUGUCUUUCGGAGGCCAAACACCGACCAUCAUUGUCCUGAAAGAGGGCACCGAUACCUCGCAGGGCAAGCCCCAGAUCAUCUCCAACAUCAACGCCUGUCUCGCCGUCCAGGCCACCAUCAAGUCGACACUCGGACCCUAUGGCGGUGACCUAUUAAUGGUGGAUGCCAACGGCAGGCAGACAAUCACAAACGAUGGCGCCACCGUCAUGAAGCUCCUCGACAUUGUCCACCCUGCCGCGCGAAUCCUCGUCGACAUUGCCCGAUCACAAGAUGCCGAAGUCGGCGACGGCACCACCUCGGUCGUCGUGCUCGCCGGCGAGAUCCUCAAGGAGAUCAAGGAACAUGUCGAACAGGGUGUCAGCUCACAGAUCAUCAUCAAGGGCCUGAGGAGGGCCUCCACCAUGGCUGUCAACAAGAUCAAGGAGAUUGCCAUCAGCACCAACGAGUCCAACCGCCGCGAGACCCUGAGCAAGCUGGCCGCCACCGCCAUGACCAGCAAGCUCAUCAAGAGAAACACCGAGUUCUUCACAGAGAUGGUUGUCGACGCCGUCCUCUCCCUCGACCAAGAAGACCUCAACGAAAAGUUAAUAGGCAUGAAGAAGAUCCCCGGCGGCUCCCUGACCGACUCGCUCUUCGUCAACGGUGUCGCCUUCAAGAAGACCUUCUCGUACGCCGGUUUCGAGCAACAGCCCAAGUCGUUCAAGAACCCCAAGAUUUGCUGCCUCAACGUCGAGCUCGAGCUCAAGGCCGAGAAGGACAACGCCGAGGUGCGCGUCGAGCAGGUUUCCGAGUACCAGGCCAUCGUCGACGCCGAGUGGCAGAUCAUCUACAAGAAGCUCGAGGCCAUCCACGCGACAGGCGCCAAGGUGGUGCUGUCCAAGCUGCCCAUUGGCGAUCUGGCCACCCAGUACUUUGCCGAUCGCGACAUCUUCUGCGCUGGCCGUGUCACCUCGGAGGAUAUGGAGCGCGUCGUCCAGGCCACCGGCGCCACCGUCCAGAGCACCUGCUCCGACAUCCUGCCCGAGCACCUCGGCACCUGCGGCACCUUUGAGGAGCGCCAGAUCGGCGGCGAGCGCUUCAACUUCUUCGAGGACUGCCCGUCGGCCAAGACGUGCACGCUCGUCCUGCGCGGCGGCGCCGAGCAGUUCAUCGCCGAGGUCGAGCGCUCCCUGCACGACGCCAUCAUGAUCGUCAAGCGCGCCAUCCGCAACAAGACCAUUGUCGGCGGUGGCGGCGCCGUCGAGAUGGAGAUUUCGGCCUACCUGCACCGCUUCGCCGACCGCGACGUCGCCCACAAGCAGCAGGCCAUCAUCAAGUCCUUCGCCAAGGCCCUCGAGAUCAUCCCCCGUCAGCUCUGCGACAACGCCGGCUUCGAUGCCACCGACAUCCUCAACAAGCUCCGCGUCGAGCACCGCAAGGGCAACACGUGGGCUGGUGUCGACUUCACGAACGAGGGCGUCUGCGACAUGAUGGAGCGCUUCGUCUGGGAGCCCGCGCUCGUCAAGAUCAACGCCCUCCAGGCGGCCACGGAGGCGGCUUGCUUGAUUCUCGGUGUGGAUGAGACCAUCAGGAACGAGGAGAGCCAGGCGCCACAGGCUCCUGGUCAGAAAUUGCCGCCUGGUGCGGCCCAGAGGGCUUUGAGGGGUAGGGGCCGUGGCAUGCCUAGGCGGUAAAUGGGGACAGGAGUUAUGUUAAGUUAAAGAUGAUAACAAACGUAAUAUAGAUGGCAUAGUGUGGGAAUGUACCUGUACGAAUGAUUCUGUCAAGUUGUUCUGGACGCUGGCAGCAGUUGAGGUGAUUUCGGUGACACAUUAUGAGCCUAAGGCCUGGGAACUCAACGCCCGGUACUGGUCCUAGGCUGGUGCAUGUUUCUGUCCGGCUGUUUUUCGUAUGGUCUUGCUUGAUCAACGCCGGAAAAUUACUGACAAAGGUAUUCAAAAGAAAAAAAAAACUCUUCUAUGUGUAUUCUAUUGACGCAAAGUUCCUGUAUACUAAAAGCGUCGGCAAGUCCUCCAACUAUUUUUUAUCUUUCCUCCUUGCCGUCGGCAUCAUCGUCACCAGAAAGCAAGUGGCUUACAUCCAUCUUGCCACUUCCACUUCCACUUCCAUUUACACUACCACUUCCAUUCGCACUCCCACUCCCACUCCCACU